UGUCAACUGGUAUCAGCAUAAUUAUCCAUACGCAUGGGCAGGAGCACGGCUGGUACGCGAUCUCUGAGCUUGAAACGGUCUCCUUAAGACUCCUCCUCCCUGGACCCUGUAUGGCUCUAUUCUACCGAAAAAGAACCCUCGGCUCUUGAAUACUUGCUGGUGUCUAGUGCUCUAGUCUUUCCAAGGAUAUUAUUACUCUGCCUGUCUCAUAACCAAAUAAUAUGAUCAGUAUACUACCUGUAGUGAGGGGCAUAUUUUAGUAGAGAUAAGAGUGUCUUAUCAAGUGGCGAUUUCGCACAGGCCACAGCGGGGGAGCGCCGACCAAGAGGACCAUCUGUCUACUCGAGCAGACUUCCUGCAAAGCAUACAUUGUUUUCGAUCUUCUAGAAUAUUCAUCAGGGCCAACAUGUCCCUCGAAACCAUCAACACCAUCUCGCCGACAACAAACACCACGGUGGUGACCCGUACGGGCGUCUCGCCCGAGCAGCUCCAGCAGAUCCCCGAAACCGCGCAAGCGGCCUUCCGGUCCUUGGUCUCGUCGACGACCCUCCAGCAACGUCAGGAGAUCGUGGCACGGGCAUUGACCCUGCUGGAGAAGAAGAAAGAUGUGCUUGCCCGGGAACUAACGGAGCAGAUGGGCCGUCCGAUCGCGUAUACGGGGGCGGAGGUUGCGACGGCCCUCAAGCGGGCGUAUUACCUGAACCGCGUGAGUGCGUCGGUGCUCGGCGAGGAGGGGAUCGUCAAGGGCGAUGAGGAAAAUGGGUUCAAGAGAUUCAUCAAGAGGCAGCCCGUCGGGGUGGUUUUGAUCAUUUUUGCCUGGAACUAUCCAUAUUUGAUCCUGGUGAAUAGUCUGAUCCCUGCUCUCCUCGCUGGUAACGCUGUGAUCUUGAAGCCCUCCCCGCAAACCCCGACGGUCGUCGAGCAUGUUGCCGCUGCGUUCGUGGAGGCCGGACUGCCGGAGAACGUGAUCCAGUACUUCCAUUGCGGAUCGCUGACAUUGAUCGAGACUGUGGUUCGCUCGCCGCUAGUCAAUCACAUCUGCUUUACUGGCUCUGUGGCCGGCGGGCUAGCCGUACAGAAGGCUGCCGCGGACCGGAUCGUCAGCGUCGGGCUGGAACUGGGAGGCAAAGAUCCUGCAUACGUGCGCAGCGACGUCGAUGCAGCCUGGGCGGCAGAGGAGAUUGUGGACGGGGCUAUUUUCAAUAGCGGGCAGAGUUGCUGUGCAAUUGAACGGGUCUACGUGCACAAAGACAUCUACGACACAUUCAUCGCGGAAGUGAAGAAGGUGCUGAGCAAGUACCGCGUCGGGGAUCCUUCAAAUCCAAAGACCCAGAUCGGACCUGUCAUCUCCAAGCGGGCAAAAGAGGCCGUCCUCGCGCAGAUUCAGGAUGCGAUCAGGAACGGAGCCACGGACGAGACACCAGCUAACGAGACAUUCGACGCGAUGCCCGCUGACGGGAACUUCGUCAAGCCCACCCUGUUGACGGGGGUGAAUCACACCAUGUCCGUCAUGACAGAGGAAACUUUUGGGCCCGUCAUCCCGGUGAUGAAGGUCGGCAGCGAUGAGGAGGCGAUCAAACUCAUGAACGACAGCGAGUUUGGCUUGACGGCCAGUGUCUGGACCAAAGAUGUCCCUGCUACUGAACAGAUCAUCGACAAGGUGGAGGCUGGAACGGUCUUCAUCAACAGAGCUGACUAUCCUAGUCCGGACCUCGCAUGGACAGGAUGGAAGAAUUCCGGCCGAGGCGUCACCCUUAGCAAAUUCGGCUUUGAACAAUUCGUCAAACUCAAGAGCUACCACGUCAAAGAUUAUCCCAAAUAAAUUUUCUGCUUUUCUUCUCCAUCUGUGGGGUCACCGGCUCUGAAUGGACAUCGAUCAUUCAAGGGAUAUAUGUUGGGCGUCCAGGUUCAAUGGAGGAACACAUCGGUCUUCCUUCUGUUAUCUAGGUAGGAACUAGACAUCUCAAUUGGCUGGUCAAAAAUUGAUAUCAUUAGAAUGGACGUGAUGAAUACCUUAUAUCACAAAUAUACAUAUAUAACCCUCGGACCAGCAGGGAGAUCAGAUUUUGAUUACUCUGUUAUUGUAAGGU